AUGACUUCUGACGAGCUGGCAGCCACCUUCAGAUUCAUGACAGAUGCAGGUCACCUCCUGGCGGCGGCGGCGCCCGAGACUUCGGCAUAUUUGAUGAGACGGCGCAACGAACUGAUGUUUGAGCACGAGAUGGCCCCAACCGACAAGCAGAGACAGCAGGUCUGCAACUGUUGCGGUCACAUCAUGCUCCUCGGGCAGGACAGCAGCUUUCACGUCAAGGCGGCGAAGAGAGCGAGCAAGAAGCUCCGCUCGACUCAACGACCACAUGGCAAAGUGGCGCAGAGUGUUGGUCUGCAGACUGGCUCAGGCCCGGCGAAAUUCAUCACUUGCGGCUACUGCGGCAAGUUCACAGAGGUCAAAGUCCCGGCUCCUGCCGCGAUCUCGAGGCACAAGAUGAAAGUAGAGAAGACCACCAAAGCCUCGGGGCCAGCAAUGGCUCCCUCUCUGUCCAACACCGUUCCGGAGACGCCAUCCCAGAAGACGAGCUCCAACGCCAACAGCAAAAAGAGGGCCAAAUCCAGAAAGGCAGGACUGCAGGCUUUGCUGGAUCAGUCCAGAUCCCGGGCCUCACAGCCUGGACUCGGCUUGAGCCUCGUCGACUUCAUGCAGAAGUGA